GUCGUUCAUUUCCACAGCGCCUAUCUAUCUCUCCCCGUCAGCCCAGCCAUAACCAUCCUCACAAUCCUUCUCCCCAUCAUCUCCUUCCUCAACUCGUACAUCUACCCAACUCUUUUACACUCCGCACGCAAUUCGUCACACCCCCUCCAUCGACUCAGUCCUACGAUCCUACAAACCCUGCAAGGUCUUCUUACAACAGUCCUUGCAACAUUGCUAUUUGAGGAUGUGGUGCCUUCGACAACGGUGGAAUGCCUGAUGGAGAAUCGGUGGUUGAGCAUGUUUCGAGCGAAAGACGGAGAGUCAAUCCGCUUGAUCCAGGAUACGUUGAACUGCUGCGGCUUGAAUACUGUCAGGCACAUGGCAUAUCCUUUUCCCAGAACCGGAGAGAAGUACAGCAUUUGUGCCGAGACAUUUGGAAGGGACCAGGCAUGCAGAGCUCCGUGGACAGCGGCGCUUCGGAGCAGCACGGGAGCUGAUUUCGGGGUUGUUAUUGCGGUGGGAUUGUUGCAGAUCUUGAGUCUUCUCAUGACCAGAGAAGGCACAAACUGGUGGAACUCAUGGCGCUCUGUUGCCUGGCACCGACAGCGGAAUGUCGUUGAUGGCGAAAGGCGUGCGCUGUUGGAAGACGUCACUGAUGCGGACGAGGUCGUCGAGCGACAGGACGAGUCUUCCCGUCCGCGAGGAUACCAAAGCUUGCCUGCGACUGAAUCAGAAACCAGACCGAGGGUUGAACCGUCCCCGAUUCACCAGGAGGAAAACCACUGGAGAGAC